AUGAUUAAAAAAACAUUAAUCUCAAUCACUAUAUUAUCAUUAGUAUUUUGUCAUACUUUUAAAACUGAUACCAAAGUUAAAGAAUUAGACAUUAAAAACUUUACAUAAAUCACAGGAAUAGGUUCUAAUAAAAUAGAAUUACCUUCCAUAGGCAUGUUUUAUGCCCCUUGGUGUGGUCAUUGUAAGAAUUUAAUUCCUGUGUUUGAAGAAUUAGCUGAAAAAAGAGAAGGAAAAAAUAUCAUUUUUGCAGUUGAUUGUACUUAAAAUAAAUAAAUUUGUGAUUAAUUUGAUGUAAAAGGAUAUCCUACAGUUAAAUAUUUUUCAACUGAUUAUUAAGUAAGUGCUUACAAACAAGCUAGAAAAUUGGAAGCAUUUGAAGAAUUUUUAGAAAGCGGAUACUAAUAAUCUGAAUUAAGUCCCCUUUAUUUCAGAAGACUAGACUUAUAAUAAAACUAUUAAAUAGCUACAGGAAUAGUUGAAUAUUUUGGCGGACAAACUAAUUUCUUGAUAUUUAUAGGUGCUUUUUUAGUUAUUUUUAAUGUUUUAUAUUCCUUAUUAUGUGGAAGAAACUCAUUAUAAAAAAAAAAUGAAAAGAAACCAAAAUAAGAAGAAAAAAAAUAAAAAAAAAAUUAAUGA